CUCGUUGAACGCACCAAUUCAAGAAGUGAGAAGGGAACAAACAAGUAUAGGAAAUAUGCCGAAGAAAUCUGGCAUGCGAGGUUUCAAAAUGAAACGUCCAACGAGAGAUAUCAAAAUGAAACGUCCAACAUCCAAACAACCGAAAGGAAACAGUCCAAAGGAAACAAAGGUAACAUCAAAAGGAAACAUUCAGAGCGUUCGACUCACAUAGGUAAGAAGCGGUUCAAAUGCGAAACAUGCCCGCAGAGGUUCACUACGCCAUCGGAUUUACGUAGACAUAUAAGGACUCAUACCGGUGAGAAGCCGUUUUCUUGUCCGGAAUGCACAAGGAAUUUCACCGAGAAAGGGAAUUUGCAUAAACAUAUGAGGAUUCAUACCGGUGAGAAACCGUACAAUUGUUCGAAUUGUGGGAUGAAUUUCACCCAGAAAGGGAAUUUGCAUGCACAUAUAAGGAGGAUUCAUAGCGGUGAGAAACCGUACAAUUGUUCAAAGUGUGGGAUGAACCAGAAAGGGAAUUUGCAUGAACAUAUAAGGAGGAUUCAUAGCAGUGAGAAACCGUACAGUUGUUCGGAAUGUGGGAUGAAUUUCGCCGAUUCAUCGAGUCAGCUUAGGCGUUGGAGGACUCACAAUAAUGAAAAACCGUAUGCUUGUUUUGUGUGCAAUAAAAAAUUCUCUCAAUCAAGUGAUAUGAAACGUCAUAUGGAGAUUCAUGACAAUAAUAGGCCCAGAUUUAGCUGCAAAUGCGGCAAAACUUUCCUGAGGAUGUCGUUGAAAAAACACAUGAAGAAUUGUGUAGGAUGAGCUGACAAGCGGAUUUUAAACAUAAAUACGCACUGUUAUUUUGUUGUAUUUUCUAUAAGUUA